CCUGACUCCCCUGCAGGGUUGUUGUCUGACCUGCUGCGUCUCUCUCUGACAGCGGUAUCAAACCUGGAUGUGGAGAGUAAGCUGACGGCACAUUACCAAGCUCCCUGGCACCAGCAGAGGAACGUGUUCCACCCCUCCACACGGCCAGCAUGUGUAGUCGACCUCCACAGGCAAGCCAACCUCAGCCUGUGGGCCCUGCACCGAGAUCACCUGAGGAGACGAUCCGGCAGCAGGGAGCGGAGAGUAACCAUCUCGAUCUCUGCGGUGCCCCCCAUGCCCAUGUACCCCUCCCCAAAUAUCGCCCAGAGGAAAGAAACGAGGAGCUCCAAUCUGACAACGUUUGAAUCCACCCGCUCCUCCUCCCCCACCGAAUGUUGCCGAUUCUCUCCCUGGAGCAGAAAGGUAGUGGUUCCUCCCUCCCUCCCCCCCUCCCGGCUCCUGCGUGCUCCUUCUAAAACUUUAUUUCACAACUUCUUACCUGUUCGUGUUUGUUUCACUCUUAAUUAACAUAACUAGUCUCUUUCUAAUGCAU